GUUCAUAUCCAAAUUCUAUGGGCAUUUUUGUCAUUCCCCCUCAAAUAUUGCCCCAAAAAUGACACAUAUUAUACAAGGUUUUGCUCUAAUGGUGAGAUAAAUAAAAGGUAGAAGACAAAGAUAAACAAACGGCUUUCAUUCUACAGAGUCCGGACAACUGCCAACCCAUUCACCACAACAGGCCAUACAACACAGAAAUACCUUUCUGGUUUCUAUUUUUUUAUUUUUAUUUUGGGGCACUCAAAGGUCUGAUUUUUUUUUUUCUUUUUAUUUUUUUUUAGCUUGGCAUAAAUGGUUUGAGGGGUCUGGAUUUUUAGCAUUUAGGGUUCUUCCCCAUCUUCAUUUUUUUUUUUUAUUGAAAGGAUUGAUUUGCGACCGGGGCUCUUGGAAUUUUCAACUCUGGAUAGAGAUCUAAGUUUGAAAAUCCAUUGUUUUUGUGGAAAAAAUUUAGGGAAAAAAAAGGUGGGGCUUGAGAUAGAGGAAUGUGUGCUUUGUCCAGAUUUUGGGAGAAGGUGAAUACGAUGGGAGAAGGUGGAUCUCGCUAUUGUUCGAAGAAAUCUGAUGAUGUGUGUGGUGAUGCUUGUGGUGAGGACUCAGACUCAAACCGACCACUAACCAUGACCCGAUUAAAAUGUUUCCUUCGAGGGCUUGACAUAAAAGCCUAUCUCUUCCUAUUCAUGCUCGUCCCCACUUGCAUUUUCGUUAUCUACAUGCACGGCCAGAAGAUAACCUACUUUCUCCGGCCCCUUUGGGAAUCUCCACCGAAGCCUUUCAACGAGAUUCCUCAUUACUAUCACGAAAACGUGUCCAUGGAGAAUCUAUGCAAGCUUCAUGGCUGGGGCAUUCGCGAAUAUCCAAGACGAGUAUAUGAUGCCGUUUUAUUCAGCAACGAGCUCGAUAUCCUCAAAAUACGCUGGAAAGAGCUUUACCCUUAUGUAACCGAAUUUGUUCUCCUCGAGUCCAAUUCGACUUUCACGGGCCUCCCGAAGCCCACGAUAUUCUCCACAGCCCGGGCCCAGUUUGAUUUCGUCGAGGCCCGUUUGACCUAUGGACAGGUCCCUGGCAGAUUCAAACAGGGAGUAAACCCGUUUGUCGAGGAAGCUUAUCAAAGGAUUGCUUUGGAUUAUUUGCUUAAACAGGCAGGUAUUCAAGAUGAUGACUUGUUGAUAAUGUCGGAUGUUGACGAAAUCCCGAGCAGGCACACGAUUAAUCUGCUGAGGUGGUGUGACGGGAUUCCUCCCGUUUUGCAUCUCCGUUUGAAGAACUAUUUAUACUCGUUCGAGUUCUUGCUUGAUAAUAACAGCUGGCGAGCCUCGGUCCACGUGUACCAAUCUGGAAAAACGAAGUACGCGCAUUACAGGCAAUCAGACGUGAUUUUGGCUGAUGCGGGCUGGCACUGCAGCUUUUGCUUUAGGAGGAUAAGCGAGUUUGUGUUCAAGAUGAAGGCUUAUAGCCACUUUGAUCGGGUUCGUUUUUCGCAUUUUCUGAGCCUGAACAGGAUUCAAAGGGUUAUUUGUAAAGGUGCUGAUUUGUUCGAUAUGCUGCCUGAGGAAUACACGUUUAAGGAGAUUAUCGGGAAGAUGGGGCCCAUCCCGCAUUCGUACUCAGCUGUACAUUUGCCGGCGUAUCUUUUGGAGAACGCGGAUAAGUUCAAAUUUCUUUUGCCGGGAAAUUGCAUGAGGGAAAGCAGUUGAGGGGAGGAGGAAAUUUUUCGAUUUUUNAGGACAUUUUAUUGUCUUU